AUGAAAUCAACUGAUAUAAUCUGUAUGCCGACUUCUAUAAGAAUUCUGAGAAUCUACGGAGUAUUUCCUUCUAAAAAUAAGGUAUUACAUCCUGGACUCCUUUUCUAUUGGAGAUUUUUUGUAUUAGCAAUCUGCACUUCUCUGACGUUGGUUGGAAGUAUACUCCACCUCAUCAAAACUAUUCAAGAUGAAAAGUAUAACUACAUCGAACUGGACAUAAUAUACAUCCUAUCGUUCACGACGGCAUACGGCCUCAUAGGUUCAUUUGUUUUAAAAGUGACAGCCUGUGCAGAAAUGUACAUCUUCUUGUCCAACUUCGAAGAAUUCGGAAAACCAGUCAAGUUCGACGAGAACAACAAACUUUUCAACACAUAUUCAAAAUAUCAUUACUUCUACCUGGAGAGUUUGAUUUUACUCAUUCUUUUUGCUUCGAAUGUAUUCAAAAGGGAAUCAUGCGAAAGAGAAAACGAAUUGUAUGACCUCAAAGAAGUCUGCGGGCUUUUUUCAUACACCUGGAUGCCCUUCGAUAUUAACCAUACCCCGGUUAAACAAAUUUACUUGGCCCUUCAGUUAUUGGGAAAUCACCACAUAUACAUGCUAGCGGGGUUGUUAGCAUGGCAAGUAUUUGAAACCAUACAACAUAUUGUUGUACGCAUAAGGGACGUAAAAUCUUUUUUCAUUAAUGCGUUAGACGAGACGGACUGUCAACAAAGAAGAGAAAAAUUCAACUUCGCAGUUAAAUACCACAACGCGAUUUUAAG